GGCUGACACCGAGAGGCUCAAGCCAGUUAAAGGAAAGGAAAGGUCUCCUUGUGCCUUCUGUCAAAAUAAUCAACACAGACUACAUGGAUGUCCCAAGUUUAUUGCUAAAACUCUGGAGGAGCGUCGAGAUUUUGUCAGAGAACAUAAGCUCUGCUAUGGCUGCACCAAACCUGGACAUAGUGCAAAAGACUGUCGACAUCGACACUCAUGCAACACGUGCAAGGGUAAACAUCCCACUUGUUUACACGAUGACAACUAUUUAAAGAAGGAAAGAGUUCUGCCACAGGAAACCACUAUCCUGAGCAAUGCCGGCCAAACGGAGGCUGCUGCAACUUCAAUGUCAGUGAUUACUGGACAGCCAACUAACACAUCAAUGAUUGUGCCUGUGUGGGUGUCAAAAAGGGAUACAGGAACUGAGAAACUGGUUUACGCCUUGCUGGACACGCAAAGCGACACGACGUUUGUUGACCAGGAACUGAGUGAUGUAUUAAAGGCAGAUUCCUGUCCAGUUAAGCUGAAGUUAACUACUAUGAUUGGACGCGACGUGAUCGUAAAGAGCCAAAGAGUCUCAGGGCUUUGUGUUCGGGGUUAUCGCUCUUCCCUCCUCAUCGACCUUCCUCCUGCUUAUACCAAGGAUUGCAUACCAGUAAACAGAGCCCAUAUCCCAACAUGCGAGACAGCUAAAAGGUGGAAUCAUCUCUCCAAGGUCAUAGAAGAGAUUCCACCUCUACAGGACUGUGAGGUUGGUUUAUUGAUAGGCUAUAACUGCGCACGAGCAAUGGCACCAAGAGACGUCAUAACGGGAGGAGACGAUGAGCCUUAUGCAAUUCGUACCGACUUAGGAUGGAGCAUAGUUGGUGGUACGUCGACAUGCCCCGACACCUCAAGUACGGCGGGACAGUGCUUCCGAGUUGCAGUCAGGGAGCUCCCACCAGUCACUCCGGCAGAUGCCAUUCGCAUUCUAGAGUCUGACUUUAAGGAUGCUAAGGAAGACGGCAAACCAGUGUCUCAGGAGGACAUCCUGUUCCUGGACAAACUCAAGAACCACAUCGAAAAGAACAGUCUAGGUCACUACGAGAUGCCGUUGCCCUUUAAGGAGAGACCUACCUUACCUGACAACAAACAGCUUGCAGUCAUACGUCUGAGCCAUCUAAAGAGGAAGCUGUUAAAGGAUGAAGGGUACAAAGAACAGUAUAUCAAGUUCAUGGAGGAGGUCAUAGAAAGGGGUGAUGCAGAGGAAGUCCACGAUGAUGGGAAAGAGGGCGAAAAAUGGUACAUACCUCAUCACGGUGUAUUCCACGACAAGAAGCCAGGCAAACUGCGCGUGGUGUUCGACUGCUCUGCCAAGUACCAGGGAACCAGUUUGAAUGAUCAUCUGCUCACUGGUCCUGACCUGAUGAACAAUCUCAUUAUCUUAUUGCCCAGUUUUAAUGAACCUCCUGCUGACUGCUGGCGAUGCAGACCAGUGAUUUUAAGAGUAAAUAAGAUCCCACAUAAAUGA